AUGCUUGGCGAGGCAAGUUUUGUGCCAACCUUGUUCAGCGAUGGACCAUCCGCACUCAAAUCAAUGCGUCUUCUUGCUCUUGGUAGCUCUGGAGUCUCACGAGGUCACAGAAGCAAGUUGGAAGUUGGGGAUGUUGGCCUGACUGGAGUAAAGUUGCAGCAUUCGGAGGACCCUGACUUAGACGCGGCAAUUCGCAGCAUUCUCGGACCCACUGGCUGA